UAUAGCUAUUUUUUUUGUCAAUGAGACAACUACAUUGACUAGAAAUGUAUUUCAGUCACGCUAUUAUUCUGGUUCAUUUUGCAGUUUUGACUGGAGCAGUUCAUAUAACGAAAGAAGAAGUAAAGGGAACCACCAAUGAACUGGAUAACAAUUAUGGAAGACAAUUACGUGAGAUAAUUCAACACAGGCAAUUACAGGAUAAGGACGCCACCUAUAUCAGAAAUGAUAAUGCCUUUCGAAGCAACCGACAACUUACCAAAAACUUACGGACCCUUGACCAGGAAUCAAACAUAGAAACAAAGGGUCUCAAUGAGGGGUACAAAUUUGAUAAACCAACGAAGCUUGACCCUGAUUCGGAUUUGGCGUUUUUAUUAGAUGGAAUGAGUAUUGAUGACCAUGGCAAAGUACAUCAGCCCAUUGGACGUAAUCUCAAGGACAAAACAAGAGCAAUUGCGGACAACUUUGAUUACCAUCCAGUCCCUCCUUAUGAUCCAUCUAAGAGGGAGUUUGGCCCAAAUAUUAAGUUUUGGCCAAACGGAAUUGUUCCAUAUGAGAUCAAUUCAACGUUUAAUGCUACCGAAAGAACAGAAAUAAUCGAUGCAAUAGCAGAUUUUAAUAGCAAAACCUGUGUAAAGUGGAUUCCAUAUGACAGCACUACUCAUACUAAUUACGUUGUAUUCAAUGUUCAUAAAACAAAAUGCUAUUCGUAUGUUGGACAAAUUCCAACCUAUCCACAAGAGUUGGGUUUGAUAAGAGGAAGCUGUGUAACUGUAUGUAUUGGGUAG